AUGGACAAGUCAAAUAGGAAUGCCCCUCCCACGACGGCGACCCUAUUACCUGCCGAGUUCGCGCAAUACCUUUUCAGUCAGUUCACGAGUCGGGUCGACUGACGACGACGACGUGCUCGAUCGCGGAGGGAUCGCCGUUCGUUAUCGCCGCGGGUUGACUGACCCUAAAGAGUUACUGUCCCGGGUACCCCAUCAAAUUACUCGUAAUACCUCGCUCGUUUCAUGUCCAUAAGCACAUCGCAACCUGUUCGCCGCAGCCACAGCCUCCUUCGUCUCGACGAUCGCCGGCUUUCCGCUCGACAGCAUCAAGGCGCGCAUCCAGGUGAAGCGGUAUUCGGGCGUACUCGACUGUGCUCGCCGUACAUUCGCAGAGGAAGGCGUAGCCGGCUUCUUUCGAGGGGUAGGUCUGUGGGAGUCGGUUACGGUCGCCCGUCGACGCCCUUUUGCUCGGGUGCAGAAGAGCGCAGUUGACAAUUCGAGACCACUUUUCAACGUCCCCCCCUUUUGCUCGCCCACAACCCCCAUUCCCCGUAUUUACAGGUUUACAUACCACUAUUGACCAUCACCGUCGUACGCACUGCGUCCUUUUCCAUCUAUUCCGGCGUCAAGGAUCGGCUAGUUAAGAAGAGAUGGGUCAAAGAGGGGUCCGUCAAAGGGAUAGCUGCUUCGGCUUUUGCGGGUUCGUCAUCGAUGUUUUGGUUUGCCGUCUGGCGUUGGAGGAACAGAGGCUGAUGGUAGCUCUUCUCUUCUCCGUUCAGGCGGUGCGGCCUCGGGGAUAUUACUCAGUUGCGGCACGACGGCGUUCGAGUUCACAAAGGUGAGUUCGGUCCGAAUCUCACACCGUCGGGAACGAUCGGGCAUGCGGACUAAUUGUAUGUCUAUUUGGUGCAUCAGAUUAAAUUGCGUAAGUUUUCUGCGGCGCGAGAAGUAGAUGGGUCACGUUGAUGUCCGACUGCAGCUCUGACCUUUGCGGAAAACCUUGUUCGUCGGGGCAGAAUUGGAGUAUCUGAUAGCGUUGAGUCGAGAUUUUUUGAUAGUAGAGAUUGGCGAUUGGCUGACCUCGGAAUCGACUGUGAUCAUUGCACAGAAUGAAGAAAGGGAUACCUUACGAACCUAGAGGGACCAUUCGAGGAUUCCUGGACGUGAGCCUUCUCAAACGCCCGGCCUGAACGAGCGAAACAUCACCUGACCCUGGUCCUCCUCCAACGAUCACAGCUCUACCGAGCCGGGGGCCUUCGAUCCCUCUACACCGGAUUUCCCCUCCACGCCGCACGAGACACCGUCGGCACAGGGUUCUACUUCUGUUUCUACGACACCGCACGACACCUCUUCGUCGACAACCCAUCGAUACCCGUACCGCACGUCAUCUCGACUUUUGCCUGUGGUUCGACAGCGGGUAUCCUCAGUUGGGCCGUCAUUUACCCCGUCGACUUGAUCAAGUCCAAAACGCAACGAAAUGCGUUAGCGGGGAGUCCGUAUGAGAGUCCGAUGAGUAUCUUCAGAAGGUUGAGUGCGGGAGGGGUGACGAAACUUUAUCGAGGGUUGGGCGUCAGCGCUUUUAGGAGCGUCUUCACCCAUGGCUUGAUGUGUGAGUUUGUACAAGGCUAAUUCAUCGAAUGAUCGCGAAUAUGGGGGAAACUGAUUGCUCUGAUGGAUGUGCAUCAUGACACUCACAGGGACGGUCUUGGAAAAGGUCCGAGGGGAGAUCACGGUUCGGACGGGGCAUUCGAUCGCGGAGGACGUAGAGAAUUGA